AACACGCUUCCGGGGUCUCAUCUGCCUUUUUUGUCAAGAUGUCCCUUUGCAUUUUAUGAAAGAUAUCGACUAUGAAAUGCAGAAAGAGAUUUUGAGGUCAGUGCACCAUUCUAUCUGUAAGACAAGGCAGCUAUUUAUGAGGUGAUAAUGGAAAAUAAAGGAAUGGUGGGAAGUUCUAGAGGUAAUAUGAAGGUUGAUGAGGGAAACUGUGGAGAAGUUAUUCAGCAAGGUUUAGACAUGGCACCAGAACUAAAUACCCAUGUUCAGAUUACAAGAACGCGUCCACCUUCCAUUAGAAUAAAACAGAAAAGGACAGACAUUUCAGGUACGGGAAAAACAUCGCUAGCUGUUGUUAAGCCUGGUGGUAGUUCAAGACGAGGUUCCACAAAGAACUUUGCCAAAGCUAAAAGUCUCUCAACUGGAAAAUCAAGUAAUCUUGGAAAGAGAUCCGUGAAGAAACGUGUUUCUUCAAAAGGAAAAAAGAAAACCAAACAGACAAAAUUGGAUAUCCAAGCACAAAUGCAACGAUCGGUAUGUAGCAAGUCUGUUGAGGGUGUACAGCAAUUAACAAUUGACCAUGACAAGGAUCAAGCAGAUUUGAAAUGUUUAAUUUGUGCCAAAACAUUUUCCAAUAUAGUUGAAUUGAACUUUCACACACAAACGCAUAACAUUAUCCAUGAAUGUGAUGUUUGUGAAAAAGUAUUCAAACUUGCAUCUAGUCUCCGGCAUCAUAAGCGACUACACACGGGCAAGAAUGUUCUCCAGUGUGGUCAGUGUGACCGUGUGUUUAUUCACUCGGGUCAUUUUAAAGAUCAUCAGCAGCAGCAUACUGGUGAAAAAUUAUUCAAAUGUGAAAUUUGCUUGAAAACGUUCACACGAAAGCAUACUCUAAAACAACAUCAGGUGGCACUUCAUGAGGAUAAAACUCUACCCGAGUGCGAGUUCUGUGGGAUUAAAUUCAACUGUGUAAGUCAUCUUAUAAAUCAUACUAAAACUCAUAACGAUCAAUCGUCUUAUAAAUGUUUUAUUUGCAAGCAAAUAUUUGAUAGAAUUGAACUCUUUGUGAGCCAUUUUGAGGCUGAUCAUAAAGGAUCUACGAAUACAGACAUUUUACCAGUGUCUGGUAAUGUGAUACAAGGUGAUAAUGUUACGGAACCUGAUAAUUCCCUCGAAUGUGACCGCUGUGGGAAAGUCUUUAGGCAGGCGUCAAAUCUCAAGCAUCACUAUCGAAAACAUACUGGAAAAAAUCUGCUGAAAUGCGAGUUUUGCGACAGAAUGUUCAACCAUUCUGGUCACUUGCGGGACCAUAUGAGAAGACACAUGGGAAAGAAAGAGUUUCAAUGUACACUCUGUCAAAAAUCUUUUACUUGUUCAUCAGGUCUGACUCAACAUUACAAAGCACAUAACAUUAUUGAGCCAGAUAAGCCGUUCAGGUGUGAUGACUGUGGUCAAGUCUUUAAGCAGGCAUCGAAUCUCAAGCAUCAUUAUAGAAAACAUACUGGAAAGAAUCUGCUGAAGUGCGAGUAUUGUGAAAGAAUGUUCAACCAUUCGGGUCACCUGAGAGACCACAUGCGGAGACACACAGGAGAGAAACUGUUUCAAUGUAAAAUUUGUGAGAAAGCAUUUACCUGUUCACCAGGUCUAACUCAACACUACAAAACCCAUGAGAGUGGUGCACUCUCCCAGUGUGAAGUUUGUGGUAAAACAUUUACGGAGCUAGGUAGUCUGAAAACUCAUUUACGUAAACAUACGGGGCAGAAAAACUUUGCAUGUAAAGUUUGUCAGAAAGCUUAUACCUAUGCCAGUGGCCUCGCUUAUCAUAUGAAGUUACAUGAAACCAGCGUAAAAUCAUUCAGUUGUGAACUUUGUGGAAAACUGUUCAGACAUGCAGCUAACCUCGCUAGUCAUUCUCUCACACACACGGAACAACGGCCGCACGCGUGUGAUGUCUGUCAUAGGACAUUUAAGCACAGGUGCAGUUUGAAAAAACAUGCUGUGAUUCACACUGGAGUGAAACCGUUCAAAUGCAUGGUUUGUUUGCAGACAUUUAGACGAUCCGAUAGCCUGCAAAGACAUAAGAAAAUCCACUCCAACCUUGAUCAAGUUGAACAUUUACAUGUAGAUAGAAAUGGCACGCCUGAAUACGCUUGAAUGCAUAUAUGUACACUAUGUGUUGGUGAAGGCUUCAGGAUUUAUGAACAUGUAGGGGUUAAUCAGGGUACUUUUUAAGUCAAUUCACAGAGCCAUUCUCUUUCAGAAGAGUGUGAUUUUCCCCAAAUUGCCCCUUUAAAAUUCCAAGUUGGGGAAAAAUGCAUCAAUUUAAAUAAAUUCCUCACAACUGACUGAUUUCACAAUAUGGUAGGCAGGGACAGAAUGAUCAUGUUUUGUCGUAAAGAUUAAAUAAUUAAGGCUUUAAUAUAUAAGUUAACAGCCUAAUUCCUUGUAAUCAGAGUUCUUUUUUUUUUAUUUAAUGUCAUCUAUAUUUCAGGACAUGGUUCUUUUGUCAGUAAUAUAAUUAUGUCCUUAUGAUUUAUUGUCCGUAUUUGUAUCACCUAACUUUCUGUCAAAACCAUUUAUUUAAUAGAAAACAUUUUGAGCAGUUCAUAAUUAUAUGAAGCUCUUUUAUAGCCCACUAUAAGGUGUACAUGUAGAACAAUGGUUGUAGCUGUUAAGAUAAUGAAAUAUUUGUCCAGGGAAUAAUUCCAGUUUUAGUAAGACAAUAUUCUUUUACAAUUAUACAGAUCUAUGAAUACAUUUGUAUUUCAUAUACUGUAGCAAUAGGAGUUCAAAGGUCAUCCAGUGAUUGUGACAUUAUUUUCAAUACAUGUAUAUAUAUAUAUAUAUAUAUAAAGUACAUGGUGACAUGAAUAAAAUGUGUUUUCUCAGAUCUCCAGUCAGUAUUGAAUGGUCUCGUGACUGUUCUUUAAAUUUACAAAUAUAUAGCUUUGAUACAGAUGUUGCAGGGCCAUACUAUACAUGUCUAAAUAUGUAUCCCUCAGGCCUAGAUACAUAAAAGAUAUUAUUAUUAUAAUUUGUUUUAAGAAAUGUGAUGAGUGAUGACAUAUCUGCAAUGAUAACUUAGUUAAAUCAUAAAAUGUAAGCAGUGCAUUUAAAGAUGAUAAGGUUUGACCCAAGGGAAAUAACUCAGGUAUUUUUAAGGCCAAUAUUUAUAUAUG